UGAGCUUGAGGCAUCUUGACUUGCCGGUGCUGAAUGAAUCUUGUUGCUGUUUCUUGUCGCGCCGCGGACUUUGAGACGUGCGGUGGAAUAAGCUGGGUCGGAGAAAGGAUAUUCCCGUAAGCUCCAAAAACGCGGAGCUUCGGUGACGACAGAUAAUGGGAUUGCUGCUCUUUUGGACUAUUCUUAUUGGUGUCUUUCACUAAUUUGUGCUCUUUUUAUAUUCGAUAUGAGCUUUGUGAACCGGAGAAAACCUCGCAAGAUUGGCGGCGAUGAUGAAGAAAACGAUGAAGGUGGCGGACAAGAACCAGUAGUGAAGCGGCCGAUAAAUCCAAAAAUGAGGCAGAAAUCCAAAUCACGCCUAUCUUUCGGUCUCGGGGGUACAUCGAUGAACGACGAUGCCGAACAAGAAAGGGAGGUUGUCUUGCCUAAACGGUCUGGUCUCGGAAGACGAGCAGUCGAGAAAAGCGCGGCCCAACGAGGUCUAGCAUCCUCUGGACUAUACGAUAAAGUACAAUUCAAAGUUGGAUCGGAACAGGACAGGCCAAGCUAUAGUGAAGAUUACUUAAAGGAGCUUCGGGAAUCGACGCCUGUGACGCCGAAGAACAUGACAGAAAAGGAGGAGAAGACGGUUGAUGUGGCUGCGAAGUUUGGGGAGGUCAUGAAGGUGUCAGCACCAUCGGCUAUUCCCAGCGAAGCGGAGAUCAGAGAGAAGAAGGAAAGGCGCUUACGGCUAGCCAAGGAACACGGCAAUGGGGCAAAAGAGGAAGAUUAUAUUGCAUUAGACGAUGCCGCGCAGGUUGAUGAGUGGGAUCCAGAAAGCCUUGGAGAGGAGAGGGACACCCGAUUGCUCAGAGACGACGAAGACUUUGCGGAAGGUUUCGAUGAAUUCGUGGAGGAUGGUCGAAUUUCUCUUGGGAAGAAAGCAGAGCGCGAGCAGAGGCGGAAACAACGUGAAGAAAUGAGGGAACUGAUUAACGAAGCUGAAGUACCUUCCGACGAGGAGGAUUCGGAUCUCGAGGAGAAGGCUGCCUAUGAGGCCCACCAGACAAGGGCGGCGAUGGGUAAUGGAGGAUGUGAUCGAGUAGAUCGACCAAGGACUCCGCCUAAAAUGGCUGCGAUUCCGCGUCUCUCGAACAGCAUGGAUCGUUUCCGUACCAACUUUGCUGUAAUGGAGAAGUCAAAAGCUCAGAUGAUCAACCGCAUGGAAGACCUGAGGAAGGAGAAGGCAGAUAUGGCUGCGCGCGAAGUGGAAAUACAGACUCUGAUUAAGGAGGCCGGUGACAACUAUGAGAAACUCAGGUUGGAAGCUGGACUCACGCCCGAUGAAACAUCUGAGAUGCAAAAUUCGCGAGGACUAGAGAAUAUUGGUGCGCCAAUGGCAAUAAGUGCUGGCAGUUCUGAAAGCGAGCCCUGAUAGGCUGGGAGAUUCUUUGUCCAUCGCAAUUGCCCCAUGGGUUCUCAUCUUGACUCUUUCCUAGUUGAAACUGCGGGCUUGCUUGGUUUCGGCCGGCUCUACAGGAACAUCUUCAUGAUCGCCAACAAAAAAAGAUCGCAGAAACCAACUGUUUUGAUAUGAUACCCCAAUGAAUUAAUCUUGAUUUUUUUCACUUCUUGGGUUCCUUUUAAUAUGCCCGGGUCACCAUUCUUUUCUCUUUGUCGGAAACCCCGGCGUAGAAAUACACACAAAGAUCAUACAA